UUGUAAAUGGUAAAGUAGUGUAAAUGACACACCCCCACCGACGGGUUAAAGUGGAAGAGUCUUUGAGGUAGGCACUAGGCACAGAGGCGCGGGAAGAUGGCGGACAAAGAAAAAAAGAAAAAGGAAAGCAUCCUAGACCUAACCAAAUACAUUGAUAAAACAAUUCGGGUGAAAUUCCAGGGAGGGAGAGAAGCGAGUGGUGUUCUAAAAGGUUUUGACCCUCUGCUGAAUCUUGUGCUGGAUGGCACCAUAGAGUAUAUGAGAGACCCAGACGACCAGUAUAAGUUAACAGAGGAUACACGGCAGCUGGGACUAGUUGUUUGCAGAGGGACAUCAGUAGUACUAAUCUGCCCUCAUGAUGGCAUGGAGUCUAUUCCUAACCCUUUCAUCCAGCAGCAAGAUGGUUAAUGUUUUGUUACUAUCUUGAUUCCUUUGGAAUGGUUCAAACUUCAAGUUGAAGAUCAUGUAUUUUUGUUCGCCUUUAUUAUAAAAUGACUGCAACUUUGUGUUUUGAAGCAGAAUUAUGCUUUUUUUUUUUUUUUUUUUUUUUUUUUUUAAAUUCAUGUUGGGCUUUACCAUGGAUUAUAAAAGGUCGUUUUGUUUAAACUUCUUGAGGGUUUUUUUUUUUUGUUUUUUUGUACUUUUAAUAUCUAUUUAAAACAUUUUUUUUUUAUUUUUUUUUAAAAAGGAUCUAAUCUCUGUACAAUUCUCUAAGGUUCGGUAUCUUUUUUUAUAUAAUAUUUAUUUAUACAGGCCAUCAGUGUGGGGAAAAAAAACCAAAAAAAAAUGUAAACAUAUUGUAACAAUUCGAACACCACGCAGGGCAUCGUUUUUAAUGGAAAAAGAAAAUAGCAAAGUAAUACAUAAAACAAUACACAGCUUGUAUUUGACAACUUAUACCAAAUCUAUCCACUAUUAUCUUGAAAAUAGAAAUGAAAGUACAACAAAUCAUGCUAUCCACACAUAUAUAGCCUUUUAUAUUGUUAAUCUAUACAGCAAACAAGAUAUAUAAGAAGAAAGAAGGGAAGAAGAAAAAAGGAAAAGGUUCGGUAUCUUUUAAUCAACAUGUAAUUUCUCAUUUAGGUGAAAAAAAAUUGUCUGGUUUACAUAAACAUGAUCAAAAAUUAAUUUGUAUUCCUCACACAGAAUUACAAAAAUGAUAACGAACAGUACCCAACUUCAUAAAGAUUACUUUGCUCAAGAAGUUUACAGGAUGUAAGUUAAAAUACCUUUACAAUAUAAUGUAUCUUAUAAUAUAAAUGCAUAUAAAGUGCUACAUGAAUCCAUAUGAACUCUAAAAAAAUCCCAGUAAUUCCACACUAAUGCUCUUUAAAGGGACAGUCAUUACUAAAAUUGUUAUUCUAUAAAAUGAUAGGCAAAGCCUUUACCACCCAUUCCCUAGCUUUGCACAACUAACAAUGCUAUAAUAAUAUACUAUAUAACAUUUAAACCUCUACAUUUCUGCCCGUUUCUAAGCCACUACAGAGAACCACUUUUCUCCACUAGACUGCUAGUUCAUGUGGGCCAUAUAGAUAACAUUGUGCUCGCGCACAACACAGCACUAAUUGGCUAAAAUGAAAGUCAAUAGAUAAUAAAUAAAAUGGCAUGUGAUCAGGGGGCUGUCAGAAGAUGCUUAGAUACAAGUUAAAUAAAAGAGGUAAAAAAAAAAGUAUAUUAAAGGGACAGUCUACACCAGAAUUUUUAUUGUUUUAAAAGAUAGAUAAUCCCUUUAUUACCCAUUUCCCAGUUUUGCAUAACCAACACAGUUAUAAUAAUAUACUUUUAACCUCUGUGAUUAUCUUGUAUCUAAGCCUCUGCAAACUGCCCAUUUUUUCAGUUCUUUUGACAGACUUGCAGUCUAGCCAAUCAGUGCCUGCUCCCAGCACAGUGUUCUCUAUAUGAAAUACGUGAACUAACACCCUCUAGUGGUGAAAAACUGUUAAAAUGCAAUCUGAAAGAGGUGGGCUUCAAGGUGUAAGAAAUUAGCAUAUGAACCUCCUAGGUUAAGCUUUCAACUAAGAAUACCAAGAGAACAAAUCAAAAUUGGUGAUAAAAGUAAAUUGGAAAAUUGUUUAAAAUUAAAUGCUCUAUCUGAAUAAUGAAAGUUUAUUUUGGCCUAGACUGUCCCUUUAAUAUAACAGUGUUGGUUAUGCAAAACUUGGGAAUGGGUAAUAAAGGGAUUUUCUAUCUUUUAAAACAAUAGAAAUUCUGGUGUAGACUAUCCCUUUAAAACACAUAAUCCACAUAAUAUAAAUUCAUAUAUAAACCCUGCAUUAAGGGGGCACCAUAUAGCUUAACAAAUAUUGGUAAUCAUUCCCAAGUGUUACCCCACUUACAUAGACUGUAAAUAAGCAAGUGCAUCACCAAGGAGUCUUAUGUAUUCUUGUUUAACAAUACUCUGCUGCAUGUUGAAAUAUUUUCCGUUUGAGGCAGUACAGGAUGGUCUGUUGAUUUCACACAAUUGCAGAAUUGGGCCUUUGUCAAGCUACUGCUUGUUAUCACACUUAUUAAAUACCAAUAUAGAAAGUCUCCUUAAGGAACAGUAAACUCUAUUGAGAUUGUACUAUAAAAUGCCUUAUUAUGCAUAGUAAAACAGCUUUGCAAUAUA